GGUGCCCCUGAUUUGCUGUUCGGAGCAUGAAUGCAGACGGGAGAAAGCGAGACGUGCUAGGACCCAGAGGCUUGCAAAAUCCAAGAGAGUCAUCUUUUCGUCUGGAUCCCAGAGGUUUAGCAGCUUCUUCUGGUGGUGGGAUGUGCAAGCGAAGCUGGUACCAGCCCAGAGGAGAGAUCCUUUCCUGGUGAAAUCUAGAACUGGAUCGAGGGCGCACCGGAAGAUCAAGAAGGCCUCUGAGAGCAGGGCUGCUGGCCUGUGUGCCUAACGUCUUGUUGCGAUGCUUGAAUAAAAGGAGCAAGCACACGGGCUGCAUCAUGGAAGGAUGGCCUGGCAACUGGGGUUGGCAGCACCUCAUGGCUACCCACGAAGGAGAAGACCCCCCCAGCCACGCUCCCGACUUUGUUCAUGUGAGACAUCCUGCCUUGGCACCCAAGUUACGCUGAUCGAGGCUCCAACCUAAGGCCAGGACGGCGACAUGAAAAACGACAAGGGCCAGCGCGCAGUUGUCUUUGUGGUUCUGUUUGGUCUGGUCAUGCUGCUAAUCAUCUACAAUGGCAGGAGCGAGGUCUUCCACUACACCGCUGAGAAAGCGAAGCCCCCGCUGCCUUCUAGCCUCAAGAAAUGGGGGGUGAAGAGCGGGUACCUGCCAGUCUCUGGAAACAAGACUUUGGAUCAUCACUGCAGCCAAUGUGUGAUCGUCACCAGUUCCAGUCACCUGCUGGGGAGCAAGCUGGGGGCAGCAAUCGACCAGUCGGAGUGCACAGUUCGUAUGAACGAUGCUCCCACGACGUCCUACGAAGCGGAUGUUGGUAACAAGACGACCUUCAGGGUGGUGGCCCAUUCAAGUAUCUUCCGGGUCCUGAAGAAACCACAGGAGUUUGUCAACAAGACUCCGGACACCAUCUUAAUCUUUUGGGGGCCACCGGUCAGGAUGCAGAAGAGCUUGCUGAAGGUCAUUCAGCGCGUCAGCAUGUCAUUCCCCAACAUGACAGCCUUCGUAGCUUCCCCCAGGCGCAUGAAACAGUUUGACGACUUGUUCAAAAAGGAGACAGGGAAGGACAGAGUGACAUCACGGUCAUGGCUGAGCACCGGCUGGUUCACCAUGGUGAUUGCCGUUGAGCUGUGUGACAAGAUCCACGUCUAUGGGAUGGUCCCCCCCAACUACUGCAUCAGGAAGCCUCUGCCCCACAAGUUGCCCUACCACUACUAUGAGCCGAAGGGUCCGGAUGAAUGUGCCACCUACAUCCACAACGAACAAAGCCGCAAGGGCCACCACCACCGGUUCAUCACCGAGAAGCGGGUCUUUGCCAAGUGGGCAAGUCUCUACAACAUCACCUUCUCCCACCCGAACUGGGACUGAAGCCCCCCCGUGGGGUGGGGCAGAGGAGAAACCACACAAGUGCCAAACCCAUGGACUUGCGGGGCAAUGGGGAGGAGCUUCUGGGGCACGCAGCCCUCUCCACAACAGGAGGAGGGAAAGAGAUGCCCUGGGUGUGAAGAUGGCUCAAGGGCCAACGUUGAUCCUAUCCCCAGGCCUUCCUUGUGCCAGGCCGCUCAGCUGCUGUUUUAAACUUCCCACAAUGCCCUUGGGCAUUAUGCAUUGGAUGACUCUGCUACCUGCCCCCCCCCCCCCCGCUUAAUGACAGCUCACAGCCUGUUGUUGCCAGGAAAGCCCAUGGUUUGAAAGCCCACCAGAGGGCUUGUAUUAGCACACAAAACGACCCCUGUCGGAUCAGGAUGAGAGCUCGGCACCUUGUAUCUUCCAACCAGGUACUUCGGAGAAGCCUACAAGGAGGGGUGUGAAGGUGGCAGCCCUCCACUGCGUUUUGCCUCCUGCUUGGAGCGGGUUAUACAGAGGUAGACUUCCUUAGUACAUGGGGGUUUGGUUCUCAUCUGUCACGGUUAAGAGCUGUGGGCAGACCUUGAAUUUUACCCAGCCCUUUGUAACAGGGGCAGGCAACCUUUUUUGAGAGGGUCAAGGACAGCACUCCCUUGUGGGAGGGAGAAGUGGUUGCGGUGGUUGGGAGGGGAACUAAAAUGCUGCUAACUUUUUUAAUAGGGACUUUUUACUUUUACCAAAAAAAUAAUAAUUGCAAGGCAAAUGUUGAAAUGUGGAGAACUGGAGAUUGGAAAUAAUGAGAAACUGAGAGAAACCAAAAUCGACGGAUUUGCUCAACCCGAGCAAACCCACAAGUACCUGCUAUGGCUCCUCUUUCCCCCACCCCCACAAACCCUGCUAGCUCACCUUCCUGUGCCAACUCUUUGCAUU